GUGAAAGAUGGAAGGAAGAAGGGAGGUGUUUGAAUGUUUGUGAUCCUAAAUACGUGUGGUUUAUACAUUAUUUGAAUGAAAACAUCAAAGGAAUUAUGACGGAACCAAAGAAAGUAGCUUUUUCUACCCUUGGUUCUAUGAAAAAAGAAAAGAAACGUGAGAAAAAGGUGAAAAGCUUGCGUAUUGCUUUGACACUAGCAGAGUCCAAUGAGAAGUCGUGUCCGGAGUUCAACUAUCGAGAACUGCUCGCCCAGAGACUGCAUGAGAGAUUAGGAAAGAAGAAUUUGGGUGAUGUGAUAAAUGGACCGUCGCUGGACCCCUCCGAUCCUUUCUGCACUGAUGAGGAUGCUGCACUGAAGGCCUUGGCAAAAAAGUUUGAAACAAAAUAUGGUACUGCCACACCAAACAGAAAAAAGAAAAGGAGAAAAGAAAAUGAUUUUUCAACUUUGGGAGAAGGCUAUGAUGAGACUGACCCAUUCAUCGACAAUUCUGAUGCAUUUGAUGAAGUGGUGCCUACACAUUUGGAAACCAAACAUAGAGGGUUUUAUAUUAACUCAGGUGAAUUGGAUUUUGAAACUGUUCCAGAUAUUAGUAGUGAAGAAGAAACUGCAUCUAGUGAAAGUGAUGUGCGAAAAAGAAGACCGAAUCAGAUAUCAUCAGAUGAUGAGGGUGAGAAUGAGGAAGGAGUGGAUGAAAAAGAUAAGGAAGAAGAGGGUGAGGAAGAUGAUGAGGAAGGUCAAAUGAAGAAGAGAAAACUUUGUGAGAAUGGAUUCAUACGCCACAAAAAGCGCAAGUUGGAUGAAGGUGAGUUGUUAAGGAGAAGAAAAAAGAUGAUUGGCCAGUUCAAUGCUAAGAAUCUAGAGAAGAAAGAUUCAGACCAGGAAACAGAGAAGCCCCUUAAUGGCAAUGAGAGCAAAGGAGAGGUGGCUCCCAGUGAGGAGAACAUCAAGGCUAGCAUAGAAGCAGUGGUGAACAAGGCAAGACAAGAGGCUGUAGAACUGAAAGAAGAGAGUGAUGAAUCUCAGUCAUCAAGUUCUAACUCCUCCUCUUCUGACAGUGACUCCUCUGGCAGUUCCUCCUCGAGUGGUAGUGACUCAGAUGAAGAAGGAGGCCAACAAGAGGAGGAACCCCAAAGAGACCAGGAGAAUGAGGAGGUCAAUGAAGAGGAAGAGGAAGAAGGAGGAGAGGAAGCAGAUGCUCCUAGUGUUUCAAGUGAUGCUCAACCUGCUUCAGACACGGAGGACAAUAUCCCUUUGCCUGACAACCUGCCAAUAGACCUCACUCAGGUAAUCAGCCGACUAAAAGAAGAAGGACACACCUGUAAAGGAUCGAGUCAAAAGUUCUUUACUGACUCUGUCAACAAAUUAUUAUUAAGCAUCGAAAUGAAACUAAAUAAGCUUGGAGGGAGGAAGAAGACCCAGAUUUAUAACCAUCUGUCCCAACACCUUCCCUGUGGCACCCAGACCCUUGUAAAGCGUGCCAAAAACCUUCUGACAGAGAGGCAAGAAACAAGGCUUCAGGAACCACUCAAAAAGCUGAGGGAAGCGGUGGAAGCAGCAAUGCCCCCACUGAUGGAGAAACAUGCCCUUGAGUGUCAGAAGGCAGCAGAGUCCAACCCCCAACAGUACUGGGAGCUGUAUUAUCACUUCUGGGGAGAGAAUGGUGUCGCCCAGAAUGAAGAUGAGGAGAACAAUGAAGGUGACAAGAAAAAAUCCAGGCUUCCAAAGAAAAGGUUUUUGUUCACAGAUGAAAUAAGGAAACUCUUAAAUGAUGUUGUACAAGUGCGAGUCAUCUUCUGGCAAAUGAUAAGGAAGCGUUCAGAGACACCAGAAGAAUAUAUACGCUUAUUUCUGGACACUGAAGUUCGUCCCAUCUGGCCCAAGGGUUGGAUAACUCCUCGCAUUCUGUAUAAAGAGAGUCAUGAAGCUCACUCUGUAAUUACGGAUAAGAGCAGUAUCCGGUCUGUGCCUACUAAGAAAACAGUGUCUUUGGGUGGAGGUACUGUUACAACCAACACUCCGCAACCACCUAAACCCUCACUUAGUGCCACAGUCAUUCCCAAGGUUUCCCCAACCACGCCCACAGCUUCCACCACGACCACAAAACCAAAGGGAGAACCAGUCAAGAGAAAAAGUAUAUCUGGAGAAACUGUGGCCACUCCAGGGAAGCAGCAGCCAGAAGAGAAGGUGGCUGCCUCAAGUGGAGUCCUAAGCAUCAGGUCUGUGGAGAAAAUCAAUGAAGGUGCUCCUAGGAAGCCUGAUGAGGAAGGAGAGCAAGCAUCAGAAAAGCAAGAGAGGCUUGGUGGUGAGGAAACUACAGGAAGGGACAAACCUCAGUCAGACAAGAAGGCAUCAACAGCAGCCACAUCUGCAGUCAGUGUUAUUGACCUCUCUAGUGAUGAAGAGAAGACGUUAAUUAAUAAGGCAUCGUUACUCUCACGCACAGAACCUAUCCCUGUUGUUAGUGGAGCUAAAGCUAAUAAAGACAGUGAUGAGGUCUUCUUAAUGCCUAGUCAAGGAGCAGGGGCAUCUAAUGCAACAAAAGAAGAUGCACCUCUCCUUGAAUCAAAGAAAGAAGACAAUUUGGAAGAAGAAAUGAACCUUGUCAUGAAUGAAAUAUUGCAAAUUUCAAAGCAGAAGUCUGCUGAUGAUUCCAUGGAUAAGAUAACCAAAGACAGUAGCAAAGAUAUUCCAUCAUCAUCAUCAUCAUCACAGUCAGUAUCAUCAAAUUCUGGUAGCAUAAAGCAGCACCAUCAUCAUCAUCAUCACCACAGCUCAUCUCAUGCACAAGAAACAUACCAUCACCACCACCAUCAUCAUCAUCAGCACACUCAUCACUCAAAACCGGAUCCUCAUUCUUCAACCACUUCAUCAAAACAGGAACACUCAUCAGUGUCCCCUGGGAAACAGUCAUCAUUAAGCUCAUCAUCAAAACAUCACCACUCUCAUCACCUAACACAAGAGUCUCAUUCCUCUAGCACCUCAUCUAAACAGGAACAGUCAUCAGUGUCUCCUGGGAAGCAAUCAUCAUCAGCUUCACCAGUAAAGCAGUCUACAAAAGUACCAUUGAUUUCUCCUGUGAAAGACCAGAGCUUAUCCAGUCCUGUAGUGCAGCACAGUACCCAGCAGCAGCAGCAGCAGCAGCAGCAUGGUCAAUCUGAAGUGACACACAUUCAUUCACAUGAGCGUCACUCCUCAAAGAGUUCCUUACCUGAUCACUCCAAACACACCUUGACAAGUCAAGAGAAGCAUUCAUCUGAACAUAAUUCACUGUUGUCUUCUCAUAAACAGUCUUCUCAACGGCAGACUUAUGGUGAUCCUCACCACAAACCUUCUUCAAAGCUUCAUUCCUCUAAGCAGGAAAGACAGACCCACAGUAGCCAUUCCUUGUCCCAUAGUGAACCCAAAUCACCUGUACAAAGUCAGCUCCAGCACCCACUCUCAUCCUUACCGCAUCACAGCCCCUCACAGCACACUACAAAACAGUCACAACAGCAUUCUUUGCAGCAGUCACAACAUUCACAAAGACAGCAGCAACAGCAACAACCUCUAAAUCUUCAACAACCCAAGCAACAACAGCAUGCUUUGAAUCUUCAGCAACCCAAGGUCCAACAUCCACCUCCAAGUUACCAUCAUAAUAGUAGUACUUCACAGUACUCUUUGUCUCAGCCUCAUAGCACUUCUCCUGAGCCUUCUAGACAAAAGAAACAGCAGUCUCACUACUCCCAGGCCCAGCAUCAGUCCCAAUCAAACUCUAAACCUAGUAAUACCUCAUGGGGCUCUUCAUCUGAUGUGACCAUGAUCUCCAAGACGUCCCCUACCAGUACAAGCAAAACCCACUCCACUUGGGCCUCCAGCCAUGAUGCUUCACCUUCUAGGCAGCGGCAGAGUGAUGCUCCUAUUGUAUCCUCAAGUGAUCCACUGGCCAAUCUGAGGAUGAUGCAUGGCCUCAGCGUCAGCAGUGUUACCAAGAAGACCUCAUCCUCCACCUCAGUAUACCACAGUCCUGCCGCCCUUGCCACCUCCUCCAUAGGGCCCUACAACACUACGGGAUCAGGAAGCAAGAAGAGCAGUUCAAGUAGUGCUAGCACAACCUCUGCCAAGGCCUCAACCAGUAUACCAAGUCUUGGAAGCAGCUCCUUAGGCCUACAUUCUAGCAGCAAGAGUAGUGUGCAUAACUACUCUUCUUCCCAGUCCAAGCAUUCAGCACCGUCCCUCUCCUAUUCCUCGUCCUCACAACACUCCAGUGCAGCCAAGGCCAGGCUGGAUCCUUAUGUGACCUCAAUGAGUCAAUCGCUGUAUGGGGGGAUGACUCCUGAACAGCAGCUCAAUGCAUACAAACAGCUGCAACAACACCAACAAACCAACCACCUCACUCCCAACCAGCAGCAGGAACUCUGGCAGCAGAUGAGUUCCAGUGGGUUUCUACCUGGCAUGAGUGGCAUGUCAAGUACAGAUAUGCUAAAACUCAUGACGCAAAUGGGAAAAUCAAUGGACUCUUACACCUCAGCAUCCCAGCAUGGUCAGAAACGACCAGGCCAGCGCCACAGCCAGUUCUGAACUUUCUACUGAGGAUUGCUAAGGGUCCACUGGAAGGCCUCGCAUGUGGGUUACACAACAUGAAGACUGUACAGAUGUAUAUUGUAUGAUCAGUGAGAUAUUAGUACAAAGACUUUGGUGAUGCAACAGCAUAAUGGGUAGUGCAGCCAGGGUAUCUCUGGACUUGCUAGUGUGGAGAAAGCAUCUGUGUUGGUUGGGCUCUGCAGCCCUUUUCUGGUAAGGUCAAUAUGUCUGGUAAAGCAGUUGUUGGUUGCUAUAUUUAGCUUAUUUAACUCAACACAGGAGUUGCAUCAAGAAUGUCAGGAGCAGCACAAGCAAGCACCAACAAGGCAUAAAUAACACCUGUUGAGCCUGUUGAUUGGUUUCUAUCAGUUAUGGCUCCUGAUAAGGCAGCAGACAUAUUUAUUACUAUGGUAUUGUUGUUGUUAUUUUCCUGUAAGUUAAGGAUAUGUUUAUUUUUUUAAGUUGCUAAUUUAAUAUUAUUAUUAUUUUUUCUAUUAUUAUUAUUAUUUCUCUCUCUCUCUCUCUCUCUCUCUCUCUCUCUCUCU